AACUAUCGUUGCCAUUUUGACAAUUUUUUGACAGUACAAAUAAUUUUGAUAUUCAUAUAUUUGUUAAAAUCAUUGAACCUGAACAUCCUAGCGUGCAAACCGCCCUGCGCGUGUGAGUGUGGUUAUCCAGAUUUCGCAGAUUACCAACGCAGCCCAAUCAAACGAAAUUAGUAAAAAUCCGGUGAAAAUUUGUUUGUUACGCACACCCCAGCAUUGUAAUGACGACGCCACCCUCGGAGAGUCCAGUGCGUCGAUCUGCAAACAAGCGCAAGAGUUCAACUCUCGAGUCCAUUGAGGAGAACGAGACGGUACGCUCUUCCUUGGAUCUGUACAACUGCAAUAAGCUGAGCAUAGCCAAUGCCUGGGAUAUAUCGUUGAUUGAUACACUGGCCAAUCUAAUGGAUAGCCCUCACAAAAAGCUAAGCAGCUUCAGGAUGGCUGGCUCUUUGCUGCAGGUCUUGUGCAAGGUCUACGGCCUGCGUGUAGACUCCAUCUACAUCGAUGCAUGUCGUAUAUCGGCGGGUUUGAAUGCUCGCACCUUGACGGGCUUACCUGAGGGACCUCCAGGUGAUGGCGAAGAAAGGAAUUUAUCAACGUUGGCAAAGAACAAGGAAAAGUUGAAUGCGCGUUUGGAUAUGGUACCCAUGCAGGACUCUAUAUUUGCAAAGCUCAAUUCGACGGUGGGCUCCCUCGAUGCCUCCGAUCAAAUGAUGCACAACAUUCUGCCCAGCGUGGACUUUGAGAUGCGGCUACGCCCGACUUACAAAUUCUUUGAUGACACCGAGGGGACGGAUGAGCUCAUGGAUAGCGAAACGCUGAGUGCUGGCGCCAAGGAGUGGCCCGAUGAAGAGUUGUGCAAUGCGGAAUGGCUGCACAAACUGUACAACCGUACGGAUGAUCUAAAUCUGCGGCCACUCCACACGGGUUAUGUGAUAACCAAUCCCAAUACCCCCAAUCCCAAGCCACAGUCGGGAUCUAUUUCAGAGGCGGUCCCUUCAUAUGAUGACGAUGCUGAGGGGCUGGAUAAUGCGCACGAUAUUGGUGGGAAUCGCACAGAGCUAUCCGUGGCCUUUGACAUGAAUGCCGAGUGUGAGCCCAUGCCGGAUAUAGAAGCCGGUCCUCCCAUUAUCUUAGAUAUACAAUCGAAUGAUUUGCAGGAGCUCACCGCCGAAGAGCAGACGGUCAUCACCAAUUGCCGCCGUUUAAAGAAAACCGCCGAAUUCAUUGACGAUCUGAGGCCAGUGGAUGGUGUCACUAGGCUGGAUAAUUCAUACAGACCCAUGGAUCAGAUCUCACAGCUUUGUGCGGCUCCUGCGCAUUGGAAAUUCAGGAUCACUCGUCCGCGCACCACUCUGGACCAGACGACUGGCCCAAAGGAUGCUGUGACUGUUGGCAACCCAAAGAAAACCAAAACCGCUGCCGCCAAGCCACGCAUGAAGGAGUUGCACUAUGGAAAAUGCAAAGAGGACCUCUUCCAGCCUCUUGAUGCCAACAAAAAGCAGCAAAAGGUCAACUAUCAAAAGAAAUGCGAUGCCCGAAAGCUGAUGCCCACGAAAUCCAACAAUGAAGCGGAUUACCAAGUUAGCCAGCGAUUUGGUAAAGCCGAUCUGGUUGAGAGUCUGGGCAAUGAUGUGGAUAUGGAUAGGGGCUUACACCACGGUGAUGCCGAUAGAGAGCUCUUUGACAAUGAAAAUUUCACCACAGAUGAUUCUGUCAUGAACCGAAUGUCGGCAGCGGACAUUGAAGAUCCCAUGGACAUGAUGAAUAAGGAUUCAUGUGGGGAUAUGCCCAAUCAAAGCCAAAGCAUGCAUGAGGGUGAGGAUACAAUCAUGGAGAUAUCCACCGAAUUUAAGGGUGCACCAAGGCAGGUCAGCAAAGUGAUUGGGCCAUUUGCGAAGCGUGCCAAGGGGAUCGACAUGAAGAAUCUCAAGAACAGCUGCCAUUAUUUGAUCCAGAAACAAUUCCUCAGUUCUGUCAAUGAGGCAUCGAUACCCUCCCUCCCACUGUCAAAGGAAGAAAGCUACGCCAAGGGUACCGCCAGCUUCCAGGAGGUUUACCGAUCGUUGCCUGAUGUGUUGAGUGACGAAAGGAAAGAUUCUCUGUGCCCAUCGGUGGCCCUCAAUGCGGUUCUCCAUUUGGCCAACGAUAUGAAACUGCGACUCAUUCCACAAGAGAAUCUAGAGGAUUUUCAAAUCCGGCAAGUUCUGGAUGACGAAGUUUAAUGACGAGCUUUUAAAAAAACUGAAUUCUGAUACAAUGCUAGAAGUAAUCAAUCUUCACACAAUUUUAAAUACAUUUUCAUGCAACAACACAUACAAAAAACUAAACGAAACGAAUCAGGGCUCUUCUCCAAUGUGUUCUCGGAUGAAUUUUUAAUUCUAUCUCUCAAGUCCUAAGAUUUGCAACAUAUAAACAAUAAAUUAAUAUUUUUGAGAGCA